AUGACAAGUCCUGAAUUUGAUAAUAAAAUCAAGCCUGUACCAUUAAAAGAUACAAAUCUUUUUAAACCAUUUAAAUUAGGAGAUUUGGAAUUGCAACACCGUUUAGUGUUAGCACCAUUAACAAGAUUAAGAGCUGAUUUUGUUACCUUCGUCCUAAAUGUUGAAUUGAGUUCUAAGUAUUAUGAUCAGAGAUCUAAAACACCGGGAAGUUUAAUCAUCACAGAAGCUGCACUUUACUCAUAUGAAGCUGGUGGGUAUUAUGAUGGUAAACCAGGGAUUUGGAACCAGGAACAAAUCAAUGCAUGGUCCAAAAUUUUUGAUAAAAUUCAUUCAAAUGGCUCGUUUGUUGUUCAACAAUUAUUUCAUUUAGGUAGACAAGCUAUUCCUGAGAAAGUUUUUGAAAAGGGGAUUACUUAUAGAGCUCCAACUUCAGGAAUUUAUAUUGAUGAUGGUUCAUAUCCUUAUGAAGAAAAAGCUAAAGAGUUAAAUACUCCAUUAACUGAAUAUACAACUGAAGAAGUUGAAGAGGAAGUUAAAAAUUUUGUUCAAGGUGGUAUAAACAGUAUUAAAGCGGGUGCUGAUGGUGUUCAAAUCCAUGCUGCUAAUGGAUACUUGUUAAAUGAAUUCUUGGAUCAUCUAACCAAUAAAAGAACAGAUAAAUAUGGUGGUUCUUUAGAAAACAGAUCAAGAUUUGUCUUGGAAAUUGUUGAUGGAUUAUCUGAAGCUAUUGGUGCUGAAAAAAUUUCUGUGAGAUUAUCACCAUGGUCACAAUAUGGUGAUUUUAAAGGUAUUCAAAAAGAUCCUGAAUUGUUAGCACAAUAUGCACAUAUUGUUGGUGAGUUAGAAAAAAGAAGAUUAGAUGGUAAAGGUAUUCAAUUUAUUGAUCUUGUUGAGCCAAAAAUCGAUGGGGGUAGGGUUAAUGAAGAUUCUGGUGUUACAAAAGAUACUCAUGGUAAUGAAUUCAUUUAUGAUAUUUGGAAAGGACCAAUUGUUAGAGCAGGUAAUUAUAUUCAAGAGAUUGAAAGAUUAAAAAAAGAUGUUGAUCAUGAUGAUAGAACAUUGAUUGCAGUGGGAAGACAUUUUGUUUCAAAUCCUGAUUUAGUGGAAAGAUUGAAGAAUGGGUAUCCUUUGACCAAGUAUGAUCGUUCAACUUUCUAUACUAGUGGUGAAGCUGGUUAUACUGAUUAUCCAAAUUAUUCAGCUUAA